AUGGCGGACAGGGCUGAGAUGUUUUCCCUUUCCACUUUCCAUUCCCUCUCUCCUCCCGGAUGCAGGCCAUCCCAUGACAUCAGCCUGGAGGAGUUUGACGAUGAAGAUCUCUCCGAAAUUACAGAUGACUGUGGGAUUGGACUCAACUAUGACUCUGAUCCUUACGAGAAGGAUUCCCUCAUUCUGGAGAAGAGUGACAUGCACCACCCGAUAUGCUCCUUCCAGGACGACUUCCAAGAGUUUGAGAUGAUUGAUGACGAAGACGACGAUGACGAGGAGGAGGAUGACGAGGUUGACCCCGAUGCGACCCCAUCCCCCUUUGCCUCCCCUCCUCUCUCCCCUACCCUUGGCACUACAAAGAGCAGACCCACCACGCUGAACCUCACCACUGCUGUGUCGCAGGAUUCUCUUAACAACAACAGCAGUCAGUCCCCAAAGAAAGGAAGCUGGCAGGACUCCUUACGCAACCCCACCUCACAGGGUCGUCUGUCUCCAACUCACUCAUGUCUGGAGGAUGGAAGCCAUGUGACAGGCCAGUGCCCAGUCUCUCCAGUUUCCCAAGCACCAGGGUCUCAGACCAAAGGUACUCCACACAAACAGACAGGGGAGGGAGGGAACCCCCAGUCCCCUCACAGGCCCCUCCUCUGCGACAGUGAGGGCAACAGGCGCGAGAGACCGGAAUACGGCUCAUUCGGUCAACUUAAGUCCCACUCGUGCUCCGGUGAUGUCACUGAGCCAAAAGACCCUUUGAUCCAGACGGCCAGGGUUCCCUCCGUAGACGAGCACUCCCAGUGUUCAGACACAGAGGUGGACCAUGACCUCAACAGCCACCACAAUCACAAACACUCAAACCGGUGUGGCACCGACACCUACACAAUCACCAGCGAGUCAGGUAUCGAGCCGGAGAAUGACCCAGACCCAGAUGGAACCAGUCACUGCUUGUCCUCCACUGCCCCCAUGGGACCCAAUGAUGGCGCUGACACCCCCUUGACCGAUGAGGAGCUAGAGAAGGACUUCGAUGUGGAGUACAUGUGUAAGGAGACAUAUGAUAUGGUGUGCAAGGAGAAUCAGUCAGUGUACAUCGAGUUCCCCUGCAUUGAACCUUCUGAGCCUGUCUCCUUCUCCAGCUAUAUGUCCUCCAGCCACUCAGAGGCUGUUGAGCAGUCCAACAGUACAGAUACUCAAGCAAUUUCUGCCAUGGAGGCAGCAGCUAACGACUCCACCUCUCCAUCCUCCGAUCCAGGGAUAGCAGAUAUGAACCAGCGGGGAUACUUUACUUCAGACCAGGAAAAGGACCUCAGUUCUCCGGGGUCUGACUCUGACAUUGAAGGGGAGCUGGAGGCAGCGUUUGCCUGUGGAGGUCCUGUUGUCUCCAACAUGAUCUCCUCUAUUUCAGAGACAGAGCUGGACCUUACCAGUGAUGAAAGUAGCAGUGGACGCUCAUCUCAUCUCACCAACUCCAUUGAGGAGGCUAGCUCACCUACAUCAGACCAGGAACUGGACCCAGACACAGAGUUGGAGCAGGACAGUGGUAUUGUUGGACUGAAAGCGUCUCUGCUUCUGGGCCAGCCUGACCCAAUCAAAGAAGGAUCUCCUCUACCAUCUCCUUCCCCUCUACCCUCACCCACAAUGGGUACACCAUCCCCUCUUGACUCACCCAUCCUACCCCCGGAGCCUUAUGAUGACGGUCAAGCUCUGAUGGGGCUGCAGAAUGUGGAUGAUGAGCUGUCCUGCGAGCACCAGGCUGACCCAGAUGAGACUCUGCCACCGGCCCAAAGCUGUGAGGACAGUCUGUCCAGACAGAUGGUUCUCCAGAUAGAACCAGACCACAGCCUGGAGAGCUUCAAACGCUCCUUCUACCUGCCAGUGGGACCCAGGCUAAUACAAAGUUCAGAUGAAUACGAUGGAACAAGUGAGGGAGACUCAGAGUCAGAAAGUGAGGAUGACUUAAGUGAGAAUUCCGACUCACCCUGGCUGCUCAGCAACUUGGUCAACAGGAUGAUCUCAGAAGGCUCGUACCCAAUCAGCUGUCCCGAGGAGUGCUUCAAGAGGAAGGUGUCAGUGUCAGACACCAUCUCACCAUCCUCAGACAUUGGAGAGGGAGAUGGCUUCAAUGAUGAGGACAGAGAGAGGAAAGCAGAGAUGGAGGAAUCAGAGGAAGAAGAGAGAGAUGGUGAAGGGUACAGAAUGGAAAGGAUGGAGCCUGGAGAAAGAAGAAGUGUGGAGUCUUCAAACGAAGGAGUAGUUAUAAGUUAUAUGAGCAACUCUACUGGUGACACAGCAACCCCUGUUAUUUUAGAGCGCUGUGCAAACAAUGAGAGAGGAAUCGCAGAUUUCAGCUCCUUGUAUAACAGUAAAGACUCUGAGAAGAACUUGACGGAAAAAACAUCGAAGAAUGGCAGGAGACAGGAGGAAGAUGAGGAGCCCAAUAACGACUUGACGAUGCUGGAGGGAAGGAAGGAUCUGGACUCACCCAGUUUCAGUGAGAGUGUGGCCAGUGACAAGGACGAAGGUCGAGAGACAGAGCCCAGGCCGGGGAGCCGCUCGUCAGCCUCUCUUGAGCGUAUCACAGAGGUCAAACAUAGCCUGACGCUCGACAUCCCCACCACCCAGACCAACCGCUGCUUCAGCCUUACCUACUCCACAGACAAUGACGAGGAGGAGGACGAUGGGGACUCUUAUCCAUUUGUGAGUGGCUUGAGGAAGCAGUCCUUCAGAGGUAGUGACUUGGAGCUGGACAGUUCACCGCCCAUCGAUACCAGUGUGCAAGACCAGCGUUUAUCCGACCAUGACCUCCCACUGUGUGAGAAAGAUCUGGCUCUGAGGCCGUCGAAUGAAGAGGAAGAACUGGCCUAUGACUCCAUGAAAUACACACUAGUGGUGGAUGAAAAUACUACGCUGGAGCUAGUCAGCCUCAGAAGGUGCACCUCUGUUCUGAGUGAUGACAGCGAGCUUUCCACGCUAUGUGACGAGGAGCCUUUGGGAAGGAGUCAGGUGAGCUACGGUCGAGAUGAGGCGAAGGUGAGGUCAGAACUUCUCAGUUCUUCUGAGGACUCCUCCCCUGAAGCUGACCUCCCAUUCUCCAAGAAGUUUCUCAACGUGUUCGUCAACAGCACCUCCCGCUCCUCCAGUACAGAAUCCUUUGGACUUUUCUCCUGUACCAUCGAUGGCGAGGAGAAGGACCAGACACACAGGGCCGUCUACAGGUUCAUUCCCAGACACGCGGAUGAGCUGGAGCUGGACGUGGACGAUCCUUUAUACGUGGAGGAAGAAGAGGAUGACUACUGGUACAGAGGCUACAACAUGCGGACAGGGGAGAGGGGUAUCUUCCCUGCCUUCUAUGCCCACGAGGUCAUGGGACAGUCUAAGGAGUUGUUGGGAAUGAAAAGAAAUCCAGCCUGGAUUGAGACGUUCAACGUUCAGUUUUUGGGGUCUGUUGAAGUACCUAAUCACCAAGGGAACGGCAUUCUCUGUGCUGCCAUGCAGAAGAUUGCGAUAUCAAGGAAACGGACGGUACACGUGCGACCUCCUUCCCUGUGUGAGUUGGAGAUUAGCUUGCAGGGAGUGAAACUGAUCAUGAGCUUGGAGGAUGAUGACUUUGACACCCUCGAUGAGUACGACAGAUGUAGUCACUUCUUCCAGAUGAAGAACAUCUCGUUCUGUGGCUGCCAUCCGAGGAACAACUGCUACUUCGGCUUCAUCACCAAGCACCCCAUGCUGAACCGAUUUGCUUGCCAUGUGUUUGUUUCCCAGGAGUCCAUGCGACCUGUAGCAGAGUGUGUUGGUCGAGCCUUCCAGGAGUACUACCAGGAACACCUGGAGUACGCUUGCCCGACUGAGGACAUUUACCUAGAGUAA